AUCGACACCUUUUGCCCCUCUCCAUGCCUAGACCAGGCCUCAUCUUCGUCGCUCUUCUCCUUCUCGCCUUAAUUCAUGAGACUUUCAGUGCCAAAGAUGAACAAAACUGUCCACCUUCUUCUUGUGGGAAUAAUUUGAAUAUUAGCUACCCUUUCAGAUUAAACACAGAUCCGUCUCACUGUAGAGAGACUGCAGAUCCAGUAUAUUCUCUAUCCUGUGAGAACAACCUUACAGUAUUGCACUCUGAUCAAUCAAGAAAAUUCUACGUGAAAGCAAUCAAUUAUGACAAUCAGACAAUCCGAGUAGCUGAUGCUAGCGUUGAGGAAGGGAGCUGCUCCAUACCUCAAUACUCCUGGGACGCCUCUAACUUCUCAACGUUUUCACAAUUUUAUUCUCAUGAUCCUUAUUAUUAUUUAAUGUAUACAAAUUUUGUUUAUGUUUGGGAGAGCAUUCUUUUCAUAAGUUGCGGAAAUCUUGUAAGUGAUCCUCUUUAUGUGGAAGCUCCUGCCUGCAUUAAUGACAGCUCUUUCUCCACACCUUAUAGGCCUAAAUCUGAAGGCAAGAGGUAUUAUUAUGUGAAAGUCGGAAGGACAACUGCACUUGAGUUAAAACCCUCAUGCCGUAUUGAGCUAAUGGCACCUUUCAUACGGGAGGAGAAUUACGGGAACCUCUCCUACCUAGACAUCCAUCAUUGGUUAGCAUAUGGAAUUGAGUUGUCGUGGCGGUACGCUUCAUGUGGAAAGACGGGUUUCCAGAUUAAUGAGGAAAACCAGUGUGCUCUUUACGUGAAAGUGAACCCAGUUUACGAAGUUUUCGACAGAGCUAUAAAUUGGCUCAGUUAUCAUUUACCUUGGCACCCAUAUAUCUCUACAGAUGGCAAAUGUCUCGAAAAUGUGCCCGAUUAUGUGCCCGAUUAUGUAAUUUACAUUGUUGUGUUUUGUGGAAAUAUUGUUUGGUUUUGGAUCUUAUGGCAUGGACCAAUAGCUAUUCUUGGAAUUCCAAGUUUCAUCAUAUUUUUAGUCUUCAAAUGGAGGAGAAGACAUUUAUCCAUGUAUAAUUCUAUUGAAGAAUUCUUGCAAAGUAACAAUAACCUCAUGCCUGUAAGGUAUUCUUACUCAAAAAUCAAGAAGAUGACCAAUGGUUUUAAGGAGAAAUUGGGUGAAGGAGGUUUUGGUCAAGUUUACAAAGCGAAGCUUCAGAGUGGUCGCUUUGCAGCAAUAAAGAUGUUAGGCAAAUCAAAUGCUACAGGGCAAGAUUUUUUCAAUGAAGUUGCCACCAUUGGAAGAAUUCACCAUGUCAAUGUGGUACAAAUGAUUGGCUUUUGUGUUGAAGGAUCAAAACGUGCCCUUGUCUAUGACUUCAUGCCGAAUGGAUCUCUUGAUAAACAUAUUUUCUCAAGAGAAGGGAAUAUUGCAACUUUGGGUUGGGAAAAUCUAUACAAGAUUUCUCUAGGAGUAGCUCGUGGGAUUGAGUAUUUACACCAAGGUUGUGAUAUGCAAAUCUUGCAUUUUGAUAUCAAGCCUCACAACAUUCUUUUAGAUGAGAACUUCACUCCAAAAAUCUCUGAUUUUGGUCUUGCUAAGUUAUACUCAGUUAAAAGUAAUACUGUGUCCUUGACUGCAGCAAGAGGAACUCUAGGAUAUAUGGCACCUGAGUUGUUUUACAAGAACUUAGGAAGUGUCUCUUACAAAGCUGAUGUCUAUAGUUAUGGGAUGUUAUUGAUGGAAAUGGCUAGCAGAAGAAAGAAUGUGAACCCAUUUGUAGAGCAUUCGAGUCAGAUCCACUUUCCUUCAUGGGCAUCAGAGCAAUUGAACAAAGGAAUGGAGUUAGAAAUAAGAGAAACCAAUGAAGAUGAAAAGAGAACUGCAAAGAAAAUGAUCAUUGUAGCUUUGUGGUGCAUACAGAUGAAGCCAAGUGAUCGCCCUUCAAUGAACAAAGUCAUAAAGAUGCUUGAAGCAGAACUUGAGAGCUUACAAAUGCCUCCCACCCCUUUCCAGUUUCAUCCCCAUGCAACACAACAAGAUGAUGUUACAGAGAAAACCUACCUCACAGAAUCUACUAGUUUUUCUUCAUGCAAUGAUAUAGAGAUUGAGUCAAUUAGUUUACUUGCAAAUGAAAAUUAAGUGGGAUGGUAGUGAAGAAGCUUUUAUUUGUAUUAGAUUUGCUUCCUUUACAACAUAACCAAGGCAAUGAAUUUGGUGUUGUGCUAGUAUGUUUGGCAACCU